GAGGGUAUAAAGACCCAAGAAAAUACGCGUGUGCUCCAAUGGCUGUCUCCCGUCAACCCGCAGCACAAACACCGCAUCUUUCGAGAGGAUUAUCAGGAAGGUACUUGUCUUUGGGUCUUUGAUUUGCCAGAAUACAAAGCAUGGGCGACAGAAGAGAAUACCGCGCUUUUCAUUUAUGGCAUACCAGGUGCCGGAAAAACGACGUUGGCUUCGCUGAUCAUCGACACUUUACUGGUGCAGAAACCUGCCGGAUUUGCGUUCUUUUAUUGCCGCCAUGACGACCAGGCUACGCAUGUCGGAGCUAAUGUUCUUGGCUCACUCAUGGUACAGCUUGCGAUGCAACAUCCUUCAGCUUUUUCCGAUUUCCUUGAAUUCUACAAGCUAUAUCAUCCA